AGCGAUUCUACGACCGUUUGUUCGUGGAUCAAAUCCGACACGCGUCGGUACCGCCAGUUUGUCGCGUUCAGGAUCGACGAAAUAUUAAACCUUUCGAGGAUCGAUGAAUGGCGGUGGAUUUCGACAAAAGCGAACGUAGCAGAUGAAGCGACGAAGUGGGGAAAGGGACCUUCCUGCAACGUGAACAGCCGUUGGUUCCAAGGACCCGAUUUUCUCUACCGCAGCGCAGACCAUUGGUCGAUGGUUCCGGAAGAAGGCACAGAUGAAAGCGAUAAGGAACUACGGGAGGCGUACGUGUGCAGUCAUCUACUGAGGCAACCGAUUGUCAAUACUAGCCGAUUUUCACGGUACGAAAGAUUGUUGCGGUCGAUGGCGUACGUUCAUCAUUUCGUGGACAGGCUGCGGGAUCGGAAAAGCAGUAAGCCUAAGUACUCUGUUGGGCUGACAAGUGUGGAGAUGCAGAAGGCGGAAAGAACGUUAUGGUCAGUUGCACAGUCUGAGGAGUUUCCGAAUGAGGUUGCGACGCUGAAGCAGAAUUUGGAACGCAGCAGUGAAGACCAGAAACAACUAGAAGCAUCAAGUCGUCUUGCGAAGCAGUCACCAUUUGCGGAUAAAUUUGGUGUGCUGCGGGUCGGAAGUCGAGCUGCAGAAGCACAUGUGCUAGCCUACGACGCGAAAUUCCCUAUUAUUUUGCCAAGGAAGCACCGAAUUACCGAGCUAUUGCUGGACUACUUUCAUAGACAAUUUGGUCACGCGAAUGAUGAAACUGUGGUCAAUGAGGUGCGGCAGAAAUUUCACGUGCCUCGCCUGCGAGUGGAAGUUCGUCUAGCACGGAAGCGCUGCAUGUGGUGUCGUGUGAACAAGAUAACACCUGUGGCACCGAAGAUGGGACCACUCCCAGCGGUGCGAAUGCAGCCCUUUGUACGCCCGUUCACAUACGUUGGAAUAGACUUAUUUGGCCCGUAUUUAGUGAAAGUUGGACGCAGCGUGGCGAAGCGAUGGGUUUGUCUUUUCACCUGCCUCACGGUUAGAGCCAUUCACCUCGAGGUAGUCGCAAGUUUGUCCACCGAUUCGUGCAAGAAAGCCAUCAGACGCUUCAUAGCACGACGAGGCUCCCCCUUGGAGAUAUACUCUGACAAUGGCACGAAUUUCGUUGGAGCGAAUCGAGAGUUGCAGGAGGAAAUCAGCCAAAUUCAUACCGAAUUGGGCAGCACUUUCACAAAUGCCAAAACCCAGUGGAAAUUCAAUCCACCUGCCGCUCCGCACAUGGGAGGUUGCUGGGAGAGGAUGGUACGUGCCGUUAAAUCAGCCCUAGGAUCUGUUCCGGUAGUGAGGAAGCUCGACGACGAGUCGUUUACAACGGUGUUAGCAGAAGCUGAAAGUAUGGUGAACUCCAGACCAUUGACGUUCAUCCCGCUAGAAACGGCCGACCAUGAAUCGCUGACCCCUAACCAUUUCUUGUUGCUGAGCUCGAGUGGAGUGCGAGAACCGGAGAAGAUGCCAACAGAUGCAGGUAUGGCACUGAAGAACAGCUGGAACAUGGUGAAACAUACGCUGGACAACUUUUGGCGCCGGUGGGUCAAAGAAUACCUGCCAACUAUCAUCAGAAGGACGAAGUGGUUCCAAGACGUGCAGCCGAUCAAAGUAGGGGAUCUCGUGCUUGUAACAGACGAAAAUGUCCGGAACCGAUGGCUGCGUGGAAGAGUAGUACGGACAAUUCCGGGAAAGGAUGGAGUACCGCGUCAAGCGGAAGUGAGGACAUCAGGAGGAGUACUGAAGAGGCCGACAUCUAAGUUGGCUGUGUUGGACGUUGCCGGAUCUGGUGACGCCGAACCGGAAGUUGAGGCGACACGGGGGGGAGGAUGUUCGCCGACACAGCCCACUGUUGUGAAUGCCCCUAUUGAGAGGCAAUGUGAGCCACUGCCUGCGGCCGUUGGGUCUGACGGCAGCGAUGAAGCGUCAAAUGGGAUGACGGGCAAAAUAUAAUUAUCGGCAGAAAGUGAUUGAAAGUGGUAAACAUCAUUUUGGUUUUGCAUUGGAAGUUUUCUUUUUGAUUUGUAAUUAACACUAAACUAAGGUUGAAAAUUGAAACAUUAGAACACUGUUGUGAGUUAGACGGAACGGUAGUACGGAGACUGAAAUGUGAGCAAAACAUGAAUUUCAUUGAUAAAACCUAUCCUAUAAUAAACUUUCCUUUUAGCUUUAAGCUGAUCUCACCGAAUUCCUCGGGACUGAUUACUGCUGAAAGAACUCCUGCUAAGUCUAUCGCAACAU